GACGAACACAAAACAAGGAUGGACGGUAAAAACAACCCCAUCACAGAAUCUCCCGGGUCAGGCGUACCGCCUCCGCUGCCCCCACGGGGGAUGGUUAUUUCGCGGUCUCCGCCACCAAGUUAUUCUCUCCUACCAUCGACCGAGAAUUCGUAUCCGUACUCGCUCUCGGAGGAAGAUUACAAUCCGGCAAUGCGUGCCCCCAUGACCUUCAAAUCUCCUCCGGACUCUGUCCCGAGUGGGAAGCGGAAGCUCCUUUUGGUCUACAUCCACGGCUUCAUGGGCAACGAAACAAGCUUCCAGAGUUUUCCCGCCCACCUGCACAACCUGUUAUCCGUCACUUUGGAGGACUUGGGCUGGGGCGUUCACACAAAGGUGUAUCCAAAGUUCAAGACCAGGAACAACAUUUCCCUCGCAACAGAAGGGUUUUCGAGGUGGCUCGCGCAGUUCGAGAACCCGGGCACGGACGUGAUAUUACUUGGCCACUCCAUGGGGGGGAUUCUGGCGGCGGAGGUGGUGCUGUUGAGGGAUGAGCGAGGGGGAUUUAAGCAUAGGAUUUUGGGGGUCGUGACGUUUGAUUCGCCGUUUUUGGGGAUGCAUCCUGGGGUUAUAUCUGCUGGACUGGGGAGCCUCUUUAGGUCGGAGGGGAAGAGCCCCCCAGAAGAGAGCGGGUCAGGUGAGGGUGGGGGGGUGUACGCAGGGGAAAAUUCGAGUAUGGCUUCGUUGUCAACGGUGCAUUCUGGGAGUACCGUGGAUGAGUUUUUUGAUAAGAGACCCGAGCGGAAUUUCACGAUUGUGCAAAGUAAGCAGGAGGGGACUUGGGAUUCAGCACUGAAGUUUAUCACUAAGCACCAUUCCCAUCUUACAGCUGCGACGGGGCAGUACUUGAUGUCGCAUCUUGAGUUCGGUGGCUGCCUUGCCGAUCCCUCUGGCCUGAAAAACCGCUAUAACGCCAUCCGGAAACUCGAAACUGGCAUGCAAACCGUAGACGGUAAAACAACCCGCGUUCGUUUCAUAAACUACUACACAUCCUCCACCGGACGCUCCAAGGAUCCGCCGAAACCCGCACCCGCAGCCGUGCACCCGGAGCACUCGUUUGACCUCGCGGACGCGGGGGUGGAGGGGUCGGGCGGUAGCGAAUUACAAGAGAUGACGCGGGAAAUGCACCUAGGGGUCAACCCGUCUGCCCCUAGAACGCACUCCAGGAACCUUAGCACAAGCACUAUCUCCUCAGAUGGGGAAAUGACACAACUGGACCCCGAUCCGAUAUCCGGUAGCGGGGAAUUCGGUGAAGCGCAGGAAAAACAAAGGGGAUCUACCCCGGUACCUGCAAUAGAAACUACAAUGGUGGGGCCUGAGCCCUUGAUGCUUGACCAUGCCCUUCCUUCUAUCCCCUCUUAUUCCUCACCGGCGCCUCCGGCAGUCUCCCCGCCGCCACCCAAGCCCACGGAAUUUGACUACUCUCAGAUCCCGGAUGCAACCGUGCGUAAAGCGGCUGAGAAGGCGGCUGCAAAGGCUAUGAAACUGUGGGAGAAGAGUGUGAAAGACUACGAGAAAGUAGUCAAAGACUGGGAAAAAGCAAUCGAAAAGAACGAGCGGAAGAAACACGAGAAGGCAAAGAAGGAAGGGAAGAAACCGGCCAGUCAGCACGACGGUGAGGUGGAGAGACUACGGUUAGAGAGGGAAAGAAUGGAACGGGAAGAGCGGCGAUUAAAAGGCAUUCCGGGACCACCUAUUUACAACGCAGCCGGAGAGAGCACUGCCUCACUGAAAACUUUACCGUCCCCCUCCCCCUCUCUGUCGCCAACUCCCUCGCCGACUCGUUCCCCAACACCAACGCCCGAAACACCGAAAAAGAAGAGGCGCGAGAGGAAAUUCUGCCUGACCCCGCGCACUCCGGAUGCCUGCUGGGUCAAGGUUGAAAUGACGGGGGUGGACGAAGUUGGUGCUCAUUGUGGACUUUUCUUUUUGGGCGAUGUGUAUGAGAGGCUGGUUGGGGAUGUUGCCGGGAGGGUUGAAGGGUGGGUGGGGGAAGAGGGUACUAGGCGGUUGUUGGAGGGGGAGGGGGGAGCUGAUGCGGAAUGUGGCUUUGGUGGUGGUGGUUGGGAAAGUGGAGUUGGAUGGGUGAGGUAG